AUGCCACUCGCCGACAUCAUCCUCAAUCGUGCCGGCCGAGUCGCCAAGUGGGCAUUCGAGCUCGGCGUCCACAACAUCACUUACGAGCCACGCCGCGCGGUCAAAUCCCAGGCGUUGGCUGAUUUCUUCAUCGAAUGGGAGGAAGCACAACAGCCAACCUCCCCGGCCGACCUCAAGCAUUGGAUCCUUUACUUUGACGGCUCCAAGAAACUCGAAGCGGCGGGAGCAGGAAUCGUCCUCAUCUCACCAAAAGGCGACACUAUGAGGUACGUCCUGCAGCAACAGUUCGAGCCCUGCACCAACAAUAUGGCCGAAUACCAGGCGCUCCUCCAUGGCAUGCGGAUCGCCAAGGAGAUGGGCGCAACAAGACUACACUGCUUCGGCGACUCUGAUCUCGUCGCCAGCCAGACCGCCGGCACCUGCGAUGCCACCGACGGCAACAUGAUCGCCUACAAGCGAGCGGUCAACCAGGCCGGCGCCAGCUUCACCGGGCACGUCGUCGAAUGGGUCGAUAGGCGCAAGAACGAGGAGGCCGACGCACUCUCCAGGCUUGGCAACAAGCGACAACCACCUCCGCCGGGCGUCUUCUUCGACAACCUUACCCACCCGUCGGUGCGAAGGGAUGCAAAAUCAUGCGCGACAUACACGCAAGGGGACUGCGGUCACCACGCGGGCGCACGCUUGAUAGUGACCAAAGCCUUCAGGCACGGCUUCUACUGGCUAACAACCCACGCCGAUGCAGUCCAACUCGUCCGCGCGUGUGUCGGAUGCCAGAAGUAUGCAAGCCAGUCGCACAUGCCAGGCUCAGCACUCAAGACCAUCCCCAUCACUUGGCCAUUCGCCGUUUGUUGCAUGGAUAUGGUGCGCAAGUUCAAAACAGCCCCCGGCGGGUACACCCACCUUCUCAUCGCCGUCGACAAGUUCACAAAGUGGGUAGAAGAAAAACCCAUCAAGAAGUGUGACGGCAAAACCGCCACAAAGUUCCCGCGGGAGUUGAUCUAUCGCUACGGAUACCCGCACAACAUCAUCACCGACAACGGCACGAACUUUGCCAAAGGUGAGAUGGCAGAUUUCUGCGAGGAAAACGGGAUCCGACUCGACCUCGCCUUAGUCGCUCACCCCGAGUCCAACGGUCAAGCAGAACGAGCAAACCAGAGCAUCCUCCACGGAAUCAAGCCGCGACUGGAGGUGCCCUUGGAGAGCGCGGCUAGAUGCUGGGCGGAAGAACUACCCUCCGUACUCUGGGGCAUACGCACAACUCCAAAUAGGUCGACGGGCUACACGCCUUUCUUCCUGGUAUACGGUGCAGAAGCAGUCAUGCCCACAGACAUCGAUCACGACUCGCCACGCGUCGUGAACUACGCCGAGGAAGAAAACGAGCUCGCCCGUCAGGAAGGAUUCGACCACCUCGACGAGGAACGGGACCUCACACUCUCUAGAAUGGCCAUAUACCUGCAAGGCCUCCGGCGCUAUCACAGUCGCCGAGUCUGCAGUCGAUCCUUCCAGGAGGGCGACCUGGUCCUUCGGCUAAUCCACGACAAGAAAGAUAUAACCGUGCACCACACAAACAUAUCUCCCAAGUCGCCGUUACGAGCUAGUCGCCAAGACGCGCAGCUUAGGAACCGGGAGACUUUCGCUUGCUUCUACUGA